AUGAGCGUAGUCGAGAAUGCUGCGCCAGCCUUAGGUGCCCCGGAAGAUGCCCCCAGGCCGAAGCAACACGAACCCACGGUGAUGGAUGGGCUGUCUAGCUCCAAGAUCACGGUCGAGUACCAUGAUCCUUCCGGCGUGUUUCCAUUGGUACAAGAGGACCUAGCUGCUCGACUGCCACUCCGGAAUCUGCAUUGGAAGGCACAUACCAGACCUCUGAGGUCGAUUGACUCCCUCCACGUGGAUCUUGUGCCAAGCCAAGAGACUGCACAAGACGCAGGUACCGCUCAAUCCACAUUGGCGCCUCCUGCACAAGGAGUGCCGAACCGUACCACGGAGGAGAUGAUGAGACCACAGGCCAAAGAGAAGGAAAGGCGACAUCAGAUUCCAGGCCUAAGACGGACUCCAUACUUAAAGGUAUAUCUCUUACGAUGCGAUGAUUCUGAGACCUAUAAAGGCACAGCACGCAAACAACUACGUGAGUGGAUGAAAGAUCACACGCCACCAGCUCAGAGCAGUUCGGCCAGCACACAAGAAAACCACGACGCCUACGAGUGGAUGAUCAUCCAUGUUGUUCUUCCCGACACUCCUGCAGCAAGUCAGCCGCGUGGAUCGGGAAGUGCGGCCAUUGGAGAGAAAGAGAAGGGUGGCACAGCCUCAGUCUUCAAACGAGCAUCGACUACUAUCCUCGAAAAGAUUCGCGCAGACUUUAACAUUGCUUCUAAAUCUGCGCCUGAUCGGAUUGCUCAAGUACGGCUGAAGAAAGAGAGGGUACCACCCCAGAUGUUGCCGGCUGCAGGCUCAGUCACAGCUCCGUCAGCUGCUGAGACUCAGCAAGAACACGAUGGUGCCUGGACUGAUGUUAUCACCAAGUUCAAAAUCUUGAUACUCUCUUCUUUCGACCUUCGUGUCAGCCAGUACGAGGAAGAUAUUCGCAAGAACGAUGCGCAGCGCUCCUUCCCAGGCUGGAACUUUAAUACGUUCUUCGUAUUGAAGGAAGGACUUGCGCGAGGAUUCGAAAGCGCAGGCCUUGUUGAUGAUGCGCUGCUUGGAUACGACGAACUAUCCAUUGGGCUUGAUACUGUUAUCCAAGACCAGACAAAUGAUGGUAGCGCGUUGCAGAUGCUCGGCCAUUCCGAGGAUCUGUAUGAGCAAGUGGUGAAAGUGUUAGAGCAGUCACAAGAAGAGCACAGCAACAGCGAAGAUUAUGUGCAUUUCCAUGAUGACAAGCCGAUAGACGCUCAAAAGAAAGACUAUCGAGGGCUCAUCCUAGCUAACAACAUCUCGAUAUUCGAGUUCAGGGUGUACAUCUUCGCACGUCAGAUGUCGAUUCUUCUCAGGAUGGGCAACUCACAAUCGGCUCGAGCAGACCUUGCGAACAAGCUUCAGCCACGGCCAAACGCCAGCGUCACACAAAAAUCAGUCGAUGACAGUCAUCUUGGGACAAGAUCGAGUGGCCAAGCAGUUGAUACUGAAGACCUGCUCUCGCUUGCUGAGCUCUGUACUCGAGCACUCAACUUCAUCACGUUUGCGGGUCGUCUGUUGCGAGAAGACCUGACCAAUGGUGCAAAAGCCCACGGAACCAUUCUGCCUGAGCAGUUGGUGGAUAACCUGGUGCGAUCAUGGACUUUUUCUGCCCUGGACCAAGUGUUGCGAGAAACCUCGACUUCGUCGCUGCCAUUCACAAAAUCUUUCAGCGACGUAACUACCGCGUCGUCCGGUAAAAGCCUAUCCUUCAGCGGUCGCAGCAAAGAACAGAAGAUGAGUGUUUUGGAACCCAAGUCAAUGAUGCACCCGUCCAGAUCUUCAUCUCGCUCAGGUUCGACAGAUCCUCCAUACCUCCAGCCAACCACAAGCGGCCAAGUAGUAUAUGAGAACGGACAGUACCAAGAUCGGCCAGCUUCAAAUCAGCCAAACACGAUUAACCAGUCAAAGAAUGGUCUUAUGGAUUUAGCUGGGCAACGAGCGCAGCUUAUUGGCAUCCAACGAAGACUGCUUGAGCACAUUGGAAAAACAUUAGGAUGGGCCGUCGGGUGGGCCGCUAUACUUCCAUCGCUCAGCCAAAGUGAGGAUUUUACUGAAGUACACCUUAACAGCGACGAGGAAGAGGACGAAGCAGUAGCAAAAGAAUCUGCAGAUGUCAAAGAUACUGAGGAACCCACUCGUGCCACCUCUGGUAUCUCUGCCACUGCCCUUAUCGGCGCCCUCACAUCGGUUGACCACUUCCGGCAAUUCUAUGAGACUCUCAGUGACCAGAUAUUUCAACAUUACAGAGCCGCUGGACAAGUCAAAUCUGCAGAAAGUGUCACAGGCGACUUAGCAGCCCUUCGAUACGAGCUCGGCGACUUCCGAGCGGCGGCCAUGUAUUUUGGUAGCAUGGCAGGUAUAACGAGCAAAGGCUCCCCAGAUGCUAGCCUUUCGCUUUAUGCCAAGAGCAGAUGGAACAGUGUUGUAGCCACUAUGUUGAAGAUGUACGCUCGCUGUCUGAAGAAGCUCAACCGUAAGGAUGAGUACAUUCGGACACUGCUUGAUCUUCUUGCAAGAUCUUCCGCAAGUAGGAUAUCUCUUAGCAGUUCAUCGAGGCGAGCGAGCGACGAUGACACCUCUUCCAUGCCGCAAAACUGGCUCAACGACGACAGAGUCGACACCGGUGGUGUGCUCAACGAGCUUGUUACUUACUCACAACAGCUCCCUUAUGAUGUGUCGGUCCAGAUGGCCGACUACUUCACCGAUGUCAUAGUUGAGCCAUACGUACGGCACUACGAAGACAAGGAUGGCUUUCAGCUCCGUCUCCAGUUCAGACACAUUCUCGAAGACGAAAUUGAAAUUCGCGCAGCUAAGAUUCGACUUGUCAGUGCCGACUCGACGACUGCCAAAGAUGUUUGGCUCAAAACUCCAGAAGCAAUGACAAUCAAGAGGGGCUUGACUCGCGUGUGGCUCGGAUGCAAUGUGAACACAGCUGGCCCCUACACUGUUGAUAAAAUUGUCUUUGAAGCGAAGCGCAUUGUUUUUGUUCACGAACCUGUCAGCAAGACAGAGGCUCCAACACCUCUUGGUAUCAUCGCUUCCGCAUCUGUAACUUCUUUAAAAGCUGCAAAGAAAGCCCGCAUCCAAUGCUUUUCCCGCGCCGAGGCGCUUGAGGCGCGUGUCUAUCUCUCUCACUUCAUACAUAUCGACAAGCCACGGCAUAUCGAGAUCACCUGCAACACCGGCGCGAACGAGAUCGAGCAUGCAGAGAUUCGACUUAAAUCCGCAUCAGCAGGUCUGCGCCUACGAACAGCCAAUGCGAGCGUAGAGUCGGAAGAGCUCACCAUCGAGGACAGCCAGAAGCCUGGAGUCAUUUCUAUCGGAGCUAUGACCGCCAAUUCUAGCGUUACGCUGAAGGUACCCUACGAUAUGGAGACAAUCCUCCAGGACCUCACGGUCAAGGCCGAGAUCGACUACUACACAACUAGCGGCCAAUUCCAGUACUUCUCGUCCUUUAUGAUUCCGGUCGACCUGCCACUAGAUGUCAACGUACACGACCACUUCAAGAGUAAAUCAUUGUUUUCAAAGUUCAACAUCAAAACUGCGAACCAGGUACCGCUGGAGCUACUAGACGUCGAGCUCGAAGGCUCGGAGGAGUUCAAUGUUCAUGCGCCGAGAAGGUCCAAGCAAACUACGCAUGUUUUCCCGAAACAGCCAGUAGCUGUCACGUACAAGAUCACGAAAAAAAGCAUCGAUGCUGAAGAGGGGAGACAAAGCCGACCCUCCAAAGCAGGUCACCUCGCUCUCAUGGUUGAAUAUCGCUGUCUGAAUGAAGACGUUCUCGAUCGCCUACGGGUGUUAUUUGCCAAUGCUGUCAAGGGCAGUGCUGUUGCUCGCCUGAGUCGGCUCUUAGUAGCAACUUUCAUCGAGCGAGCUGAGCGGAAGAUUAUACCAUAUCAGUACGAGAAGAUCGCUGUACUCGAGAAAGUCGACAUCGGUAUUUUCGAUGAAGCGGACUGGACAGAAUGUUUGGAUAGCUUACCGCACUCUGCACGCGAAGAAGCGAGAUCCUGGUUGCAGGACUGGUUAAAGGACCACAAAACUGUGCACCUGCCCAAGACCAAUUCGCCUACUUCACCACCUACCUCUGCUCCCCUCUCACCCCACCCACCUCGUCGCAUGGUCAUUACAGUCUCCAUCCCUCAAACCCACAUCUUACACACGACGUCUCUGAAUCUCACGUCACCCUCAUACAGUCCCAACAUCACCAUCGUUGGCCACCCUCUCCACGCAACCCUCCGUAUCUCGCACACUCGCCGCUGGGCCUCAUAUGCAUCGCUCAUUGCGGCAGCAAACCUCGAUUCGGCGGUUGAUCCCAUCGAGUUCGUCUACACGUUAGACGUAGCACCAGAUCAGUGGCUUGUGGCCGGCCAGCGACGCGCAUUGUUCACGGCUGUGGAGGACGAGGUGAAGGAGUUCGCGAUCAUGCUUAUUCCGCUGAAGGCCGGUAAUGUACUGUUGCCGAGUGUAGAUAUCAGGGCGAGGAUCAAGCCGAAGGAGAAAGACGAUGGGAAGGGCGGUGAAGAAGAGAUUUUGAGUUGCGAGACGGACUACUUGAGCUACGGAGAGAGCGUCAUGGUGGUUCCUGAUGUGAAGAGUAGCACGGUAGGGGUAGGAGAUAUGAGUUUGGGUAGUCCAAGGAGUGUCGUUUGGUUGGAAGGUGUGGGGCAGUAA